CAACAGAAUGUGGCUGCUUGUGCACAGCUGGGUCCUGGACAUAUCGGGCCCCCACCCACAAAAGAUAUAGAAGUGUCAUCUGCCUACGUGAAGAAGAACAGCAAAGACAUCUGGAGCGAGGAGGAGGUGGCUGAGGCUUCCCAGUACGACGAUCUUGCUGACCUGCGGCCACGACCAGAGUAUGAAAUCAUCCUGAAGCAGAGUGUGGGGACAGAGGAUCUGUUCUUGGGCUUAAACAGAAAGGACCCGUCUUCCAUGUGCUGUGAAGCCAUGCUGGUGAAAAUCAAACUACCAGAAACGAAAGCAACAGAUGUGGUCCUGGAUGUAAAAGAAAAGUUCCUUGAUCUGCGGACACCAAAAUACAAACUGGGUCUUCAUCUCCCACAUCCGACCCACAGCCACGGGGGGAAAGCUCAGUUCUUCAGCGAGAGGGGGGAACUGGAGGUGACUCUGCUAAUGAAGCGGCCCUUAGAUUUUAUCAACAUGCACUGAGGAAGAAUGAUAAGAGACAAGUAUUCAAAAGACACAGAGCAGAUCUAAAACCAGCAUACAGUAGAGA